CAGAAAGACCGAAACGACACCUCGAACUUCGACCCCAUCUUCACGAAAGAACCCCUGAAAAACACACCCACCGACAAAUUGCUCCUCAUGAACUUGGAUCAGGAUGAAUACUUUGCUGGCUUCUCGUUUGUCAAUCCUCGAUUCAUUGUUGAUGUGUGA